UGUUUAGGGCUCGAUAGUAGUAGUGGCAACCGGUGGCGUCAUAACUACUCGAUGAGUCGCCAUAUUUGUUGUAAGCAAGCGAUUACUCUUGGCCGCAUCAACAUAAAUUGAAACUCUCACUCAUAUCAACCGCUAUAUAUAUACAUUUAUACAUAUACACUAAAGAGUUGUAAGAGUGAGUAAGCGUGAGUACAACUGAGUUGUCGUCGGACACCUGUGAGUGCCUGUGAACAAUUAUUUAAACUAUAUUUUUUUAAAAUAAGGGCGUGUCACGAUGAAGUUUAUAAUAUUAAUUGCUACUGUAUUUAUACAAACAAUAACUUGUCAAAGGGCUCCGACGAUAUCAUAUAUAUCACAGGAACAAAUAAAAGAUAUUGGCGGUACUGCAGAAUUACAAUGUUCUGUUCAAUAUGGUCAAGAUUAUCCAGUUUUGUGGGUUAAAAUUGAUAAACAGUCGAACGACCAAACUCCACUUUCUUCUAAGACGUCACUUAUCAUUCGUGACAGUAGAUUUGCUCUCAGAUACGACACAGCAACUUCUACAUAUACUCUUCAAGUGAAAGACAUUCAAGAGACUGACGCUGGGCAUUAUGAGUGCCAAGUACUUAUAUCUCUAAAUAAUCGAAUUCGUGCAGGUGUUGAACUUCAAGUUCGUCGUGCUCCAUUUAUUAGUGACAAUUCAACACGUGCUGUAGUUGUCAGUGAGGGUGAACCUGUCCAACUUGAGUGCUAUGCCGGUGGUUUUCCUACUCCUAGAAUUUAUUGGCGUAGAGAAAAUAAUGCCAUUUUACCCACAGGCGGUUCUGUUUAUCGAGGAAAUAUAUUAAAAAUAGCAUCAGUACGUAAAGAAGACCGUGGAACAUAUUAUUGCGUUGCCGAUAACUCAGUUGGACGAGGAGCAAGACGAAAUAUCAAUGUCGAAGUUGAAUUCGCUCCAGUAAUAACAGCACCUCGACCACGUUUGGGUCAAGCAUUGCAGUUCGACAUAGAUUUGGAGUGUCAUGUUGAAGGAUAUCCAGUUCCUGCAAUAACUUGGAUAUACAAUGAUGUAGAAUUGUCAAAUAAUCAGCACUACACUAUAUCCCAUUUUGCUACAGCCGAUGAGUAUACCGAUUCUACACUUCGUAUAAUUACUGUUGAGAAGAGGCAGUAUGGAGAUUAUAUUUGUCGUGCUUUCAAUAAACUUGGUACUGCUGAAAGUAAAAUAAAUCUUUAUGAAACAAUUAUUCCGGUAUGUCCACCUGCUUGUGGUCAAGCCAAAUACGGAGCUGGUGCUAUUCCAGUUUCAUCUGGACCUCUCAUAGCUUUUGUGUUGAUAAUCGCUGCCUUGUACAAAAACAUCAAUGCCAAAUAUUAAUUUUCCCGGGUUACUUUCGUCGACGGGACAUAGAAAUUUUUUAUCCAAGUGGCUUCUAGCAAUUUUCGGAAUAACAAUAUUACAAAAGGUUUAAAGUUUAACGAGUUUUCUCGACGUUUUUAUAUAAAAAAAAAAUAUUUUCCCUGACGAUUUAGAUAUUUAAAUACUCGACAACAUCGAAAUUUUUUUUU